AACAGACAGUUUGCAUGUCCCUCUCCGUCACAGGCCUGAUUGGGCGACAUACAAACCUCUUCACGUGCGAGGGGCCAGAGCGCUCCUAGACUCAUCGAUUCCCCCUGAAUAUCCCUUCAACGCACUCCAGCAUUAGAGGACAGACUUUAGACUGGAUCUGUUACAGCAGAAGAAGAAGUUAAAAAAGUUAGAAACGGGCUUCUUCAUGCGGAGAACAAAACUUAUCAAUGUUACUGAUGUGUCUCUGAUUAUGAUGUGUACAGCUGAGUAUCUCUGCGUGUCCCUGUCAGAGCUUCAGAGCAGAAGGAGGCGUUCAGGAGAUAAAAGCGGGAAGUAUGAGCGGAGGGGAUGAGCACAGACGACAGUGGAGUUCAGUAGCAUAAGAAGAAAGGUGCAACACAGCAGGCAUGAUAGUUGGUCGGACAUGAUCACUUGUGUCUGAUGAGUUUCAUUAUGAAUGUGUCGUCUCUGGUGCUGUUCCCCGCCGGCCUCCUGCUGCUCCUCGUUCUCUGUGUGCAAGCAAAAAAAAGCGAAGCAGGUGUCUCACCUGAGGAUCAUGGCAGCCGACUGCGAGGACUCUGGAAGCUCCACAUGAGGGACGCCCUGAAGGCAAAAGCUUCCGUUCCUCUCCCGGUCAAAGCCAGAGUGAAUCAGCAGCUGCUCUACUGUCGUGUCGGGAUCGGUUACCAUCUGCAGAUUCUGCCCGGCGGCUCCGUGGGAGGUGUCCACAGACCCACCGAGUUCUGUUGGCUGAAGGUGUUUGCAAUGAAACGCGGCGUGGUUGGAAUCCGAGGAGUUAAGAGCGGCCUGUACCUCUGCAUGAACCGAGACGGGCAGGCAUACGGAGCGGAGCAGUUCUCUGACGACUGCCUGCUGAAGGAGAACCUGGAGGAGAACCACUACACCACCUACUCCUCUCUGUCUCACCCGGGCCUCUAUCUCGCUCUGUCCACCAAAGGAGCGCUCAGGAAGGGCAACAGCGUGGGCCGAACCCAGGCCUGCACCCACUUCUUACCGCGGAAGACACCGUGAAAAGCAUCCACUGCUCUUCUAGAUAUGAAGCCAAAGCAGGAAUACAAAUUCAAACCAGGGACCUCCUCACUGUGAGGCGACAGCGCUAACCACUGCAGCCUAAACUUGAGAUCCACUGGGAGGAAUUAUUUGGAGAUUUACUUCCUUGUAAGAAACUCAGACAGUACUCAACCUCCCGUAGGAGACCCAACACACUUUGAGGAUCUUUCAUAAAUAACGGACGCUCAAUGUGUGAUCAUAGACUGGACAGGAAGUGGAAGUAGUGCCUGGUUGGACGCAGAAGUGACGUGAACCUGCAUGUGUUCUAACGGCCAGCAGGGGCAGCAUCCCCGGCUGCAAAGAGAACUUUCCAGGACAUUUUAAAUACGUGAACUUUUUCCAGAAUUAUUUAUUUAUUGUCUCGAGCAACGGCUUCAGGUCCUCGGUGUCCGGCUCUUCAUGGUGCUAAUGUAUAAAUGUUGGAGUUACCUCUUGUUCCAGCGUCCAGAAACAAUAAUUUAUGCAGCGUAAUUAUCUCAUAGAUGUAUAUUUAAUGAACGUGAACACACAGAAUCAUUUAUUAUGCUGAAUGUGAAACGUGUGUUUCAGUUCAAACUGUUCACUUUGAUCGUAUUCAUUUUAUUUUGAAGUUUUAUUUAUUUUCAUUGUGAAAUAAAAACAUCUA